AUGGAGAACAGAGUUAAGUGCCACGGUCCAGUUGCUGUCUACUGUGGGAUCAUUCCCAAAUUCAAACCCAGAUAUGCAGCUCUCCAAGGCAGAAGCAUUGAUUUGGACUUGCAGUUUUGUAGCAGCGUUUGGGCCACUGGAGAAGAAGGCCUCCCACUCAGCCAGGCUGAGGAGAUGGAUCAUCUUGUGAGGCCUCACCUUCCCAGUGAUGAUGACUUGAAGGACAGUGUUGACCCACUGCCUGUCAAUGGGACAGUUUCCAUGUUUCCCAGAAUAACCAAUGCACGCAGAGAGAAUACUGGUACUGCCUUUAGGAAACAGGUCAACAGGCCCUCACUGCCCAGCCUCCCUGUCACCAAGCAAGGUGGCAGCUUCCCACACAACAACUCAGUGAACUCGCUGAUGGCCACCGCUCUGGACUCCCUGGGAUGUGGAGAGGAGACAGGGUGUGGAGACACUUGGGGAACCAGACCCAGGCCCCAGCAGAUGCUGCUUGCCACGCUCACAUUGCUCAGCAGUGAUGACUGGGAGCAGCAGGUGAAGGGACUCUUUGACAUCAGAUGCCUGGCUAACUGCCACUCAGAAGUCCUUCUAUCUAGACUUCAUGAUGUUUCUGUCGCAAUUACCAAAGAGGUGAACAACCUCCGCUCAAAGGUGUCUCGCUCUGCGGUCAUCACUCUUGGAGAGCUCUUCAGGACCCUGAAGCACCACAUGGACCAUGAGGUGGCUGGGAUUGCUUCUGUCUUGCUUCAGAAGACUGGGGAAUCCAGUGAGUUCAUUCGGGAAGCAGCCAGUCAGUCCCUGGGAACAAUGGUGGUGAACGUGACUCCUGAGCGAGCAAUGACUGCUCUCAUGGCUACUGGAGUCUGGCACUGCAACGUCCUGGUGCGGAAAUGCGCGGCCAAACACCUGCUGACCUUGGUGGAGCAAAUCGGAGCCGGGAAGCUCCUGUCAGGCACACGGGACAGGACCCAGCCGCUGGUGCACACACUGGUGAAGCUUGCUCAGGACUGUCAUCAGGACACAAGGUGUUAUGGACGGCAGAUGCUGAAUAUAUUGAUGAGUCAUCCAAAAUUUGAUAGGUAUUUGAAACAGUGUGGACCAUCACGUGACUUGGAAGAGAUUAUGGCAACAAUUAAGAAGAGAGGGAUAGAAGACCAUAGAGGUGAACCUCCAGCUGCCAGAGACCCCAGGGAGUCUAAGAACAGCAACUCGAAGACAUCCCAGGACAAGUUGCCUCCUAUUGGAGGCUUGAAGCCUGGCCCUGAUGUCACCUUGCCCCCUCAGAAAGUCCCUCGCACCUCACUUUGCACUGUGGAAGCAACUGAACAGCUCCUGGAGCUUAAUGGCCUCCUGAAAGCCCAGGAGUUUCAGUCAAGGAUGAAGGGGCUGGAGCUCCUCCUGGAUCACUGCAAAAGCAGCCCCCAGUUCAUUUCCACUAACAUUGUCCAGGUUUUUGAUGUUUUUGUCCUGACACUUCAAGACUGCCACAAGAAAGUGAACCAGAGGGCACUGGAGGUGUUGGCUUUGAUGAUACCCGUGCUCAGAGGUGCCUUACAGCCAAUAAUGGUCUCUCUGGUGACAGCAAUCAUUGACAACCUGAACUCAAAGCACUUGGGGAUUUAUGCUGCAGCUGUGAAGGUGCUGGAAGCAUCCAGGGCUCACCUAGAUAACACAUCUCUGCUGCAACUGUUUGCCAGCCGAGUGCCUUACCUGACUGGCCAAGCUCUGCUGGAUGUCACUGAGUAUCUCUCAGUGCUUGUGGAAUCAUCUUAUCCCCGGAAGCCCCAAGCCAUCCAGCGCUAUGCCCUGCCCGCCCUCUGGUAUCUCCUGGGGAACAGGGCCCUGCCUGUCCUCAAGGCUGUGGUCACCAAGCUUGCGAAGAGCCUCUACCAAGUGAUGGGCUCCAGACUGAAGGAACAGGCCACCAAGCAGCCUCCACAUGUGGCGAAGAACCUCUGGGACAUUUUGGAAAUGAGUAUCGGGUGA